AUGGUUGCAAAGUUCAAGGAGGCUAUGAUUAAGCAGUUUGAGAUGACAGAUAUGGGACUCAUGUCAUAUUUUUUGGGAAUUGAAGUCUUUCAGCCUGACAAUGGGAUUUUUAUAUCUCAAAAGAAAUAUGCAGAUAACAUUUUAAAGAAAUUCAAAAUAGAUACAGCAAAGCCAAUUAUGACACUAGUUGAAGAAAAAUUGAGGUUAACCAAGGAAGGCGGUGGUGGAUAUGUGAAUCCCACCUACUUUGAAAGUCUGAUAGGGAGUUUGAGAUAUUUGACGUCUACAAGGCCAGAUAUCAAUUUUGCUGUUGGUCUGAUUAGCAGGUUCAUGGAAAAUCCAUAUAGUGAUUGGGCAGGUGAUACAGUAGAGAGGAAGAGUACUUCAAGUUAUGCAUUUUGUAUUCGUUCUGACGUGUUUUCCUAG